UUUCACAGAGGACGUAAACAGUGAAUUAUAUGGCAGAAAAGAAAAUUUGAAGGCUCAAUUCUUCUCUCUCUUUUCUUUUUCCUUCCCCCACAAUUUCAAGGAUCAAUUUGUUGCUUAUUCGAACUGUGUCUGUCAUUUUCUCCGAAAGCGAGUGAACGCAGUUACUAUGUUCAUCCUCCGAGUUCACUCGGUGGACACCGAGUUACCCCUCACCGACGCCGAAGAAAUCGAAUUCUAUACCACCACUUCCCUAUCAAACCCUAACCCUAAAUUCCGCGAAAGGAGAGGGGUCGUUCACCUCUAUCGGAAGGCGUCUCAAAGCUCCCUCCCAAAUCCUAGUUCUCGCUCCACUUCUCUUUUUGUCGUCGCCGUCCCUAAGUAUCUAUCCGCUGCCGAUUUCAUCCGAUUUGCUGGCUCCCACAUCGAGAAUAUCACCUACAUCCUCUUCAUCUGGAAUGAUGGAGUGGAAGAUAGGUAUAGCGUAUUAAUAGAGCUAGCUGCCCAGUCGGCGGCCGAUGCAUUCUAUUUUAGCUUGAAUGGGAAGCGGUUUUCACCUGCUGAGGCUGAGUUAUGUCACAUCCUUUUUACGCAUUCCGUGGAAUACACCGAAUUGGGUGAGAUUGCAAGCACGCCUCCUGUAGGGUUCACCGAGUUGCCUACUUGCCCCAUUUGUCUUGAGAGAUUGGACCCGGAUACUAGUGGGAUACUUAGUACAUUUUGUGACCAUUCAUUUCAAUGUUCUUGUACUUCAAAAUGGACUUACUUGUCCUGUACAGUCUGCCGAUUUUGCCAGCAGCAAGAAGAAAAUCCAGUCUGUUCUAUUUGUGGAUCAGGGGAGAAUCUUUGGAUCUGCUUGAUAUGUGGUUUUAUGGGGUGUGGAAGAUAUAAAGAAGGUCAUGGGGUUAGACAUUGGAAAGAUACACAGCAUUGCUAUUCCCUUGAAUUAAUAUCACAGCAAAUAUGGGAUUACGUGGGUGAUGGUUAUGUACAUCGUUUGACUCAUUCAAAAGUUGAUGGCAAACCAGUUGAGAUCAACUCCCGUUGCACAUCAAUUGAAGGAACUUGUCAUUCAUGUGGCUAUGGUGAUGAUUCUGGAAUUAAUGAGGCCAUCUAUAGCAGCAAAGUUGAAGCGGUUUUUGAUGAGUACAGUCGGCUUCUGGCUACUGAGUUGGAGAAACAAAGACAAAACUAUGAAUCUUUACUUGCUGAAGCCAAAGGCAAAAGAGAUAGUACCAUUGCUGAAGCAGUGGAGAAGGCUGUGACAUCCGAGAUGCAGGACAUCCAAAGCAAACUGGAUAAGUGUACAGAGGAAAAAAAUGCUCUUGCUGAGAUCAACCGUAAACUCAUAAAAGACCAACAAGUUUGGCACAUAAAGGUCAAGGAAAUCGAAGAGAGGGAAGCCUCUGAAUCGAGGUUAAUGGAUGAGAAGAUACUUGAUCUGGAAGAGCAGGUACGUGAUCUUAAGGUCUAUAUCGAAGCUCAGAAGACACUUACUGACAUGACGGAUUCAGAUAGCAUCAAGGGAGGAACGGUGUUGCCUGUUCCAUCAACGCAAUCAUCCUCGACUAACACCAGGCGGCACAAGAAAGCAGGCCGAAGGCGGAAUUAGGUUAAUGGGAUAUUGCCGAGGAAAAGAACAAUCAUGUUUUUUGUUGUACAGUUGAAUAAUUCGUAGAUACAGAAAAUGAAGAUUUAGUAAAAAAUGGAAAAUGAAGAUAAUAUAUGGAAAAUUUAGGCGGCCUGGGUAAGUGUUUUGACUUAAGAGUUUUAUACACGGAAUUUGUUUA